AUGCGUAUGAAUUAUUUGACAUUCGUACCACAAAAAUAUAACAGCUCAAAUUACCAUUUAAGGAGUACAGAUGCAGAUAAAACUUUAAUGUCUGCCAUGGCAAAUUCAGCCGGAUUCUAUUGGCAAUCAUCCUCACCUUUUGAUGGAUCCAAGUUGUACUGGUCUCCUGUCCCGGUUCAUGAGGUCUCAAAGAUUUCUGAUAUACUUUUCGGUUCAUAUAACUGUCCACGUUUAAGAAUAUUGCAAAUGAUGCAAAUGUAUAUGACCUAUUCAACAAGAUUUGAAAAUCAACAUAAAAACUUGUUUGAAAUUCUUAGAAAUAAUACUGGUUUAUUAAUCAAUCGAUUAACUAUUGAACAAAUUGCUAAUUUUAUUCAAUCUAUCAAAAACUACAAGGUUACAUUACCUUCAUGGUGUACUAAAGAACUUCUAAAUGAAUUAUUUGAAGUUGCAGACUAUUAUUGGAUAGAGAAAUAUGUCAAAUCAUCAACUGAUAUAAUUCGUUUAGAAAUUGGUUUAUUCCUACACAAUAUAAUUCAACAUAUUUAUUCAAUUAUUCAAGGAAAAUCAAUUCAUAUUUCAAAGAAUAUUACAUUAUCUAAUAAACAUUUAAUGGUUUCUUCAAUAACAAAUCAUCAAUUUGCAUAUUUAUUAAAUGCUUUUGGUAUAUUGAAUGAUAAUAAUAAUAAACCAAUUGAAUAUGCUUCUGUUAUUUCAUUAGAAUUAUAUGGUCCAUCUAUUCUAUCCAAUAAUAAUCAUAAUGAUCAAUAUAUUUUAAAAAUUUUAUAUAAAAAUGGUUGGAUUGAUGAAAUUGGUCAUUAUGUAAUAUUACCAAUAUGUAAAAAAUUUAAUUAUUUUUAUGAUUGUCCAUUAAAUUUAAUUAUAAAACAAUUAAAUAUAUUCACUAUUAAUCCACAAUUCUAUAUUAAUGAAUGUUCAUUGAUUUUAGAUCAAUUAAUCAAUAAUAAUCAUAAUAAUCAUAAUCAUAAUCAUAAUGUAUAUGAAUUCCUUCCAUUCAAUUCAUCAAUUAGAAUAAAUGUUGUUAUUUUUAUAUUAAAUUUUAUAUUAGUUAUCAUUUUAUGGAGUUUUGUUAUUUAUUUUAAAAAAUUAGAAAAAAACAGAAAAAAAAGAGAAAACAACAAAACAAAAAUUAUUGAACAAUUAAUAAUCAAUCAAUAAAUAAAUAAAUAAUUAUUUUCUUUUAAUUUUUAUCAAUAAUCAUCAUAUGAAUUUAUUUAUUGUUUACAUGUUUAUGACCUUGAAUGACCUUUAAUGAGUAUCAUUAAAACAUUUUUAAUUAUCUUAUUAUUAUUAUUAUUAUUCAAUGAAUUUAUUGUUAUGAUUCAUAUUAUUAUUUAAUUAAGUAUUAUAAUCUUUCUAUUAUGUCAUCUUGGUUAGUUCUUGGUCAUAAUUCCUCAUGGAAUUAGUACUUUAACAAAACAGUUCUAUAUGUAUAUAUAUACGAUUGUGCAGCUGGAUAAUAAAUUCGUUGAAAUGAGAUCCCUUCAUUGAACUUUAUGUUUUUAAUUUUUAAAUGAGUAUUUACCAAUUUACAUGUUUGUAUCGACAUACAUACAUACAUAGGGAGGAAUAAUCGAAUAAUACAAUCAAAAAUCAUUGAACAUGUGAGUAGAUGGUUACAAAAUCAAUGUGUAUCAAAUGAUCCGAUUAAUGUGACAGAUAAAAAACCAUGUUCAUCGAUAACUGAAAUUCACAUUAAUACAGCUUUUAAAAUGUUGUAUAGAAAUGAUCAAAGACGAGUUUAAAAGCUUCUUGAAGCUUUGACUAUUUGUAAAUAUAAAUCUCGUCUCAUUUAAUUGACCUUUAUUAAUUUUUAUAUAAAAUGCCCUGACAAGUAUAUAUGUGUGUGUGUGUGAUCAGUUUACUGAAAAUGUACAGUGCAAAUAGAUCAUAUUUUUCAGAUCAACUCCGCUAUCUCAUUGUUCUAUCGAAAUUUAUAAAAUGCACUAAUUGCUUUAAAUGAUUAUUAUGUCAUUUAUUGUAUUUCACUUUAUAAACAAUCAACACGUGAAUACACACAAACAUACACACACUCAUGAAUGUAUAUAUACUUAAAGGUUAACAUCGUAGAUUACAAACUACUUUACUUGAUUAAUUUCAUCUUUGGCCGUAUUCAACAAUUCCAUGGUCUAUGCAUUAGAAAAAGCAGUGAGGUGAUAUUUAUUGUAUUUUUUUCUGGUUAGUUUUUUACGGGAUGGGGUAGCUAACCCCAUGCCCAACCCUCCUCAUUUACCCGGGCUUGGGACCGGCAGUAACUGUGGAAGAGCUACAGGC